CGUUGCAUCCCGGAAAAAAACAUGGUUGUGUUGUCUGUCAGGAUCACAGUGCUGAGGAAUUCCUCGUAAACAUUGAAUUUUCUUACCUGGAAAUGGCAGCAAAUGGAGUAUGAUAAACAUGAGCCAUGGCUAGCCUGGACCUGAACAAACACCGUUACUUUACACCCAAGACAGACUUGGCCCACUGAAUAGGUAUGGAAAAGUCGGGCGAAAGCGCCGGUGAGCCGGCGAUCCCCGUCCUGCGCAUCAGCCAACUGGAUGCUCUGGAGCUCGACUCGGCCCUGGAGCAGCUGCUGUGGACCCAGUUGUGCCACUGCUUCCAGAAUUUCCGCCCGGGCCUCCUCACCCCUCUGGAGCCCGAACUGAAGGCUUUGCUGCAGCUGCUCCUCUGGAGGUUCACUCUGUAUCCCGGCAGCGCCACAGUCGGCCAGUCUUUACUGAGCCUCCGCUACGGGAGCAUCUCCACCUCCCCGAACCGCCGCGAGUCUCUGUCCCACAGGCAGAAGUUGGCUCUGCUUCUGCUAACGGGAGGUCCUCGCUGGCUCCGAGAGCGAUCCCACAGCCUCCGACGGUGCCUCGGUUUGACGUCAGGAGCUCCCGUUUCUGAGGGACUCCAGAAGGCCCUGCGCAAUUCCCUGGCUGCGCUUUCGGGCUUUGCCCGUCUGGCAAGCAUCGUCAACUUUCUUGCGUUUCUCAGAACGGGUUACCACCCGGUCCUGGCCGAAAGGAUGGUUGGCGCUCAAGCGGUUUUUAGCCAACCGAGCGUGACGCGGGACGUGACGUACCAAUACGUGAAUCGGGAGCUGCUGUGGCACGGCUUUGCAGAGUUCCUCAUUUUCCUGUUGCCGCUCAUCAACGCCAGCAAAGUGAAAGCUAGCGUCUAUUCUUUUGUGCUCGGGAGGGAGCCGAGGGGCGUGGGCGGCGCGCGGGACAAAGAGGGGGCGUGGCGAGAGUGCGCGCUUUGCGGCGAGUGGCCGACCAUGCCUCACGCGCUCGGUUGCCCGCAUGUGUUCUGCUACUAUUGUAUCAAAAGUCAGAGCGUUGCCAACGAUUGCGUCCGCUGUCCAAAAUGUGGCACGGAGGCCGCACGACUGGAGCCCGCCAAAAUCGAGACGCCGGUCGGGCAUUAGAAGGCCCUUUUGUCCGUUUUGAGCAGCCCCCCCCCCCCCCCCCCAUCUCUCCCGCCCGGUUAAUUUAUUCUUCGAUCGAAAGAAUCGAGGAAUGACGGUGGAAUUGAACGUCGGGCUAUAUAAAGCCGGACUUCGGACGGAACUGUUUGUCUUUGGCGGACUGGACAGACUACCGCCCCCCCCCCCCCCCCCCACAGAGCAUACGUUUAAUUAAAGAAUGUGUUGAUUUAUGCUUGAAAUUCUCUCCAACUAUGUGUGUGUUUGUUGAAAUGGGAAUAUUUGUUCUGAUGAAAAAUGCAGAAAGUCAGCUGAAUAAAUAAUGGGGGGGGGGGGAUUUCUCAUGCCUCUCAUCAUGGCUAAAUUAGCAUUUGUUGUGUAUUCUCUGCCUAAAUUGUAUUUCAACAUCAUUAAAAUUGAUUUCGGGCCUUC